UAAUUAAAAAAAAAAAAAAAAAAAAUACACGAGAGGCACCGAGAGAGGAAAAUGACUUCUCCAAUGGAGACGGACGAACAGCUUCCCAACGGCAAUUCUUCCACUGUCGCCGCCGUCGCCACUACUGCGUCAAAGACUGGCAAACUGGCGGAGUCUCUGAAGCUCGAGCACCAGUUCCUUCGCGUGCCUUUCGAGCAAUAUAAGAAGACGAUCCGCGCCAACCACCGCGCUUUUGAGAAAGAAAUCUCCACUGUAAUUUCUGGAAUCUCAGACGCCGCCGAUGCCGACCUUUCUCGAGACGACGCCCUUCACCAGCUCAAUUCUCUCGUCUCCCGAUUGCAAGGCCUUAAAAGAAAAUUAGAAGAGGGAAGCUUAACAGAGCAUUUGCAAGCACAGAGAUGUCGGACUAGGUUGGAACAUCUAGAAUCUGCAGAUGUGGACAAUGUAUCGGACUGGAAUGCCGUUCGCUUGAAACGAAUAUUAGUGGAUUACAUGCUGCGAACGUCAUGUUAUGAAACUGCUGAAAAGCUUGCUGAAACUUACAAUAUUCAGCAGGAUCUUGUUGAUAUAGAUGUGUUUUAUGAGGCGGCAAAGGUUAUUGAUGCCCUUAAGAAAAAGGAGGUAGCCCCAGCUUUGGCCUGGUGUGCUGAAAACAAAUCCAGGCUGAAGAAGUCAAAGAGCAAACUAGAGUUCCAGUUGAGACUACAAGAAAUCAUUGAGUUGGUUAGAGCUGACCAAAGUAUACGUGCUAUAGCAUAUGCUCGUAAAUAUCUAGCUCCUUGGGGAGCCACCCAUAUGAAAGAAUUGCAGCGGGUCAUGGCGACCCUUGCUUUUAAAAGUACCACUGAAUGCGCAACAUACAAGGUCUUGUUUGAGGAAAAGCAAUGGGAUUACUUAGUCGACCAAUUCAAGCAAGAAUUCUACAGAUUAUAUGGAAUGACUGUCGAGCCUUUACUGAAUAUAUAUCUGCAGGCUGGCUUGUCAGCUCUGAAGACACCAUUUUGUUACGAAGAUGACUGCACCAAGGAAGAUCCUCUAUCGCAGGAGGGGUUCCGGAAAUUAGCGCAGCAUUUGCCGUACUCAAAGCAGCAUCACUCAAAGAUGGUCUGCUACAUCAGCAAAGAGCUAAUGGAUAACGAGAAUCCUCCUCUUGUCUUGCCAAACGGCUACACUUACAGCACAAAGGCCCUCGAGGACAUGGCGAAACAAAACCACGGGAAAAUCACCUGUCCAAGAACAGGAUUAGUCUGCAACUACACCGACCUGAUCAAGGCGUAUGUGUCGUAAAAGAUUCGGGUUCAGGUAUGAAUCAGCUCUAUAUUACUGUGUAGAUUUGCUCUUGCAUGUAUGUAUGUAUGUUUGGUACAAAAAAAUUCUGGAGAUGAUGCACCUGCUGUAUUGACAUUACAAAGAGAUCUAAAAACCUCUAAUUGCAUAAGCUUUACUUUGUGGAAUAACGAAUAUAGAAUUCUAUAGAAAA